GCACAAAACUUUCCGUACCCCUGUAGUUCAUUCUGAACGCAUUUUAUCCGAAUGAAAUUAUAAAAAAGGAUCAAAGUUUUUUUGUGUUGACGGCCAUACCUAUUUUUGUUUAUUGAUUUCCUGAAUUAGAGCUUUUAGCAAGAGCGUGGCGAGUAUAAACCAAGUUAUUUUCCGUGGGCUUUUGUGACUUGUGUUCUGUAAUUCAGUGCCAUCCUCUACCCUACCCACCAGUUGCAUCUGAUCUCUUUGGAAAAAUCGACGACAAAUAAGUUUGCCGUAAAUAUAAUAUUAAGAUAGGUUUCUGUGCCGAACAUAUUGAGGUUAAAAAAAAAGAUGAAUACCCAACGAAAACGGCCUACCAAAGCUUACACGAAACAGGCAUCACCGGGUGGUUCUAAACUGAAGGGCAAGUUACCUACAGUAACAACGGGUGGUCUUACUCAACCGGCCCAGGCUAAAGCAAUGUCGUCUGUUCAGCAUAUAAAUGGCGUUUCCUCUAACUUGGACAAAGUGGAGGUAGUAGUCAUAAAGCAGGAAAUGGAGGUAGUGGACAUAAAGCAGGAAGAAACAGAGGAAUUGAUGGAAGAUGCACCAUGGGAGGUACAGCAGUGGACCUCAAAAACUGAGGACAAUUCCAAUGGUCAGGCGUCUCCGGAGCCACACACACUUGAAGACGAACCCAUCCAAAUCAAAUGUGAGGUUCUUCUCUCAACUCCUGAAAAGAAGGCACCUAAGUCUAGAAGGGCGCCUAAGAGUGAGAUAAAGAAUGGCAGUGAUUUAGACAGUGAUUGCGACGACCAGUCCAAUGGCCCACUAGGUGAAAUCCCUGCCAUUCCAGGUGUUCGCAAGGACAUCCCCGACGAUGAAGAAUUGGAAGACCACAUUCGAGAUCGAAUACACAACAUCGAAAAGGGAAUGGAUGAUGAAGCUGAUCGCCUGAUUGCCACAUCGCCCAGUUUCACAUGGGUCGAUAACUUUCACUCGUUCUAUUCUGCUCGUGAGGACUUCUCAGGCCCUACCCCGGGGCCAGUCAAAGAUUACAAUUCGCCUUAUGACACCUUUAUCGACAUAUGGGAUAGAGAUAUCGUAGACCUAAUUGUCCGGGAAACAAAUCGGUAUGCCAAUCAGACGAUCGAGGGUUUGCGUAGCAAUGGGGCGUUGGCACCAUCAUCUCGCCUACGGUCCUGGACUGACACAAACGCAGACGAGAUAAUGCUUCUCUUUGGGAUGCUCAUGUACAUGGCUAUUGACCAGCGAGCCUCGAUAAACGAGUACUGGGCAGUAGACAGUGUUCUCGAAAUGCCGGGCUUCAGAAGUCUAAUGCCCAUUAAUCGCUAUUUGUUGCUGAAUAAGUUUCUUCAUUUUGUUGACAAUAACGCUGAGGCAACUCAGCAAUUGCUGCAAACUAAAGAAACUUCUUCGCCAAAGCUGGUCAAGUUGGCACCUAUUGUUAAACAUCUCGGAGAGAAAUUCAACUCUCUAUACAACCUUUCGCCUAACAUCACCAUAGACGAGUCCUUGACCUUACACAAGGACAGGUUGUCUUGGAUCCAAUCUAUAACGUCAAAGGCUGUCGUUAAGUCUUAUGAACUUUGUGAAGCUCAAACAGGCUAUAUGGCAAAGUUCCAGAUUUACACUGGGCAGGGUAGAUCUGCUAGUGACCCAACAUUUGAAGUCAGUUUGGGGAGCAAAAGCACUAAAGCGGUUAUGGAACUUUUGCAAGGUCUGGAACAUCGGGGGCAUUGUGUAAGGAUGGAUAAUUUUUACAGUUGUCCAUCGUUAGCCCGGCACCUCAAGAGUUUGGGCUUUGAUUGUUUAGGGACCCUUCGUGCUAGCCGACGGAACGUGCCUGAUGACAUCGCGAAACUAUCGAAUGAAGCGAAGAAGGGGAUGAUAUUAUCUCGUCAUUGUGGAGACGUUUCCAUCAUAGCAUGGAAGUACUCCAAAAUGGUGAAUAUUAUAUCCACCUACCACAAAGAAACUUCUUGCAUCACAUCGAGGCCGCCGGUAUGCAUCAAAGAUUACUAUAGAUCAUUUGGGGGAAUAGAUCACAAAGACCAAAAACUGGCCGAGUAUUUGUUAGAACGAAAGAAGGGCAUGAAAUGGUAUGUAAACGUUUUCAAAAGGUUAGUCAAUGUAAGUAUACAUAAUUCUUUUGUUAUGUAUAGCAGUUGUUUGAAACGGCGUGAUAAGCCGGCAAUGACGCAUCGCGAGUUCCGUUACGAGCUUGCUGGGGCUCUCGUUAGGCGGCAUCGCCCCAGCAUGGUGGAGUGUAGAUUAGAAGAGGUUGUGGAGACCAGUAAACUCGUAGCGGGUCUGAUGAGGCUUAGGCGAGAUGUAAUACAUAUUCCAAAGAGCCCGAAUGGAUCAAGGGACAGAAAGAGAUGUGUAAUUUGUUACCGUGAAAAGUUGAACAAAAUGGUUCGCACGCAGUGCACCACCUGUAACGUGUACGUUUGCUUUGAGAACUGCUGGCAAAUAUGGCAUUCUUCGGAAGAGCUUCCUGGCGACGUAAUGCGGGGACAAAAGAGGAAACGAAACGAGUGAUAUUUCGUGACGGAAUUCUGACGGAUGAAUUGUACGACUGGAUUUGAGACCACGAGAUCCGUUGGGGUAGGACAUGGGUUACUUUAACUCCCUCAUCGAAUCGUCGUCUUGCUGCUUCGUAUGGCAGUUCUCUGACCAUGUGCUGGCUGUACUGACUUGAAUGUAAGCGGGCCCCGCAGAUGAGAUCUACUAGGUACCGAUGUACUUAUGCACAAACAUUUAUGUACAUAUUUUAUUGUUUAUAUACUGUCUUUAGUUCUUUUU